CGUUCAGUUUAUCAUCUGGGGAAGCAGGCCGCAAGAGCAAGCAUCGUCGCAUCACCACCCAGCAGAAGCGUCGCGGUCUCACGAACAGAUAAUCCUCCACCACGCCGAACCCGACGCCCACAAUUCUCGCCCGUCGUCCCCCAGCAGCACGUCGCUCGUCUGUUGUUCGUUGCUGAAUGACAGAUGCAGCGCACUGGAAGGCGACGAGUUCAUGUCAUCGGUCGAGUCGCUUCGCCAUGCUGCACUCACGGCGAAACAGGACCAGUUGAAGUCGCUCGCAUCGUCGCAUUCUGCGGAGCUACGCGCGCUGCUGGCCGUCUACAACACCAUCAACGAUAACACCAGCCUCAACUCGUUGGUGAACGCGAAAUUCGGUGCAGACAGCGUCACCGAAGAUGAAGCAGUCUUUCUGCGUGAUCAUGACUUAUCCAGCGGCCGCACUUUCGACGCGACAUUGCUAGCCAUUCGACCUCCACCUGCUUCUACGCCACAACAACAGCCUUCUGACGCGUCAAUAUCUGUAUCAAAACUCGAAAGUACGCCCGCUGGAUUCUCUGGGCCUCGCGAUGGAACUCCGAGCGCGGCCGCGGCGCCGAAACAAGGCAUUGUAACCGCGAAAGCAGAUGAAACCGCGAUUUCCAUUCCAGAGGUCGCGUCCACAGUACACGAACCCCUCCCGGCUUUGAACAAGGCCAGUGCUUACCCAUCUCCGUCAAUCCAGGCCACACGGGAAGCGUCUCCCACAGCAGCGGUCGCCCAGCCAGUCGAUGUCGCUGCUCCACUACCCGUGGAAGAUGCUCAACUCUCAGCAUCGACGAAGCAACUCCUAGACCAACAGCGACCGGCAUCGCCUGCGAAGACUGUGCAUCUUCCGCCGCAAGAGGUCCAGGAAGAGGGCCUACGGGAGCGCGAGGCGGCUGAAGCACAACGCAAGUUGGAGCCCGAAGUGAAGUCCACCCAGCGUCUUCAUGCUCCGAAUGCAGAAGCUGCUUCCUCUCCGUCCUCCACGGUAGGAGCUCACUCUGCUGCUACGCCCCAAGCUCCCCAGGAAUCGCCAGAUACGUCGCCAGACUCGGAGCUUGCAGUGGAAGUGCCCAAAGAUCUCCAGCCGACGCCAGAGCAGAUACGAGAGAAGGAAGAACACGAUCGCGUAUUGGAAGCACAGAAAGAGAUUGCGAGGCAAGAAGCGCUUGGCGAUGUAUCAACGCCUGAUGAUCAGUUGAAAUGGGAGGAACGUGCGGCAGCUGCAAGGGAAGCAACGGAACGUGCUUCGCGUGAGGAUGUCGGCGGUCCAGAGCCUGACGUGAAGGACUCCGCACGUCAGACGGAGGCUGAAGAGGCGGUUGGUGAAGUGGAAAUGGAUCAACCUGAAGAGCCAGUCGAGGGACCUUCAGUCAAGGAUGCGAAACCAGCUCUGGAAGAUGUUGACGAAGAGGCAGCCUCCAGGACCAACAUGCAAGACGAUGGGGACAACAUUACCGUCUCCACACGCGAUAGACCUCAACUCUCGGUUGACACAGCCAAGCAGCAUCCACCUGUCGAACCGGAAGAAUCGACUCCCGCGGUGACCCCAGCUCCUCCUCGAAUGACUACCAGAGUCUCGUCUGGGGCGAUGCGACAAAAGUCGGUUUCCGAAAUCUUGGGCCAGGAUCGAGCGCACUCGCAGUCUGCUGAUAACACACCGGCCUCUCGCAAAGACCUGCACUCUCCAGCGGCCGUCUCACCGCUCACGCAGCGCCACCAACAUGAUAACAGUGGAACAUUACGGCGGGACUCAACACUGACACAAAGCACUCGUCCACCGCGCCUACUCGCACAGUAUCGGCAGCCAGACGACAUCGAUUCAGCUAUUGAUCAACUUGAGAGGUUGAAAGGUGCCGCAGAUGACCCCGACAAGGACUAUCUGGAGCCUCUCUUCAGGAUCCAGGCACACGAAUCACCAAACUCGAGAACUAGGACUUUGCCUGAGCUCAUCAAGAUGGUGCCGAAAGCGCUGUCCACCGAUGAUCACUUCAUUUCUCUGCAUGAGCGACUGGACUUUCGCAUGCUUAGACGCAUUUACCAGCUUCAGAAUGCAAACAAAUGGUCGCUUCGACAAAUGGAGAAGCAGAAAGAGCCUCCGCAGCCAUUCACUCAUCACGACCACAUGAUGGAAGAAAUGAGAUGGAUGCGAAAAGACUUCCGGGCAGAGCGGCAAAUGAAGAAAAGUGUCUGUGCUUGGUUAGCUCAGAGGUGCGCGGACUGGUGCCAUGCAGAUGCGGAGGAGCGAACCAAGAUGCAAGUAAAGGUGAAGAAGACAGAUGAGGGCACAGAAUCUGUUCCUGAUCUUGACGGCGGGGAGUCCGCUCGCGAGGACGACCUUGAUCCACCCACUCCACGAGAAGGCUCACCCAUUCCCACAACCGUAGUGGUUCCCCCAGAGCUGAAGGGCACAAUCGACCGCCUUGAUAAAUCCGGAAAGCUUUCAAAGGCUCUUGCUACACUGCCUCACGCUGGUCUACUGGAUCUUGCGGGCAGGCAUCCUAAUCAAUCCUACACAGCGGUCUCCAAGUUUGUUGAAGGGCGAGUGCUUCCGACUGUGAGCCGCCCGUCUCUAAAACGAAGUCGCUACGAGUAUGAUGAUGAGGAUGAGUUUCUUGACGCCCAGCCGAAAAGCAAGAGACUCCGCGAGAAUGCUCGAUCUGAUCCCGAGGGGUCUGAUUGCGCUCUUUUCGAUCCCGUCAACAAGCCUAUUCGGGAUCGGCUGCAUUCGAACAAUGCUUUCAGACCUCCAUCUGAAUUCUUGAUGCCGAACACUCAAUUUUACGAAUAUCGUGCCGGUUCUCAAUGGAUUUGGGAGGACGAUCAAAAGCUUAGAAAGCUGGCAAAGGACUACUCGUUCAACUGGUCACUCAUCGCCGACGAAAUGAGCUUGAGCACGCGAUACAAGAGCUCUGCAGAGCGACGCACCCCUUGGGAAUGCUUUGAACGAUGGGUCGACCUGGAAUCCUUACCUGCGGAUAUGCGCAAGACGGUGUACUUCAAGACAUGGUAUGCCAGGCUGGAACAAGCGCAGCAGGCUUCGGAACGACGCUAUCAGCAACAGGUGCAGGCCAUUCAGCAGCAAGCUGCCCAGAACGGUGCGCCAUCUCAUGUGCCCAUGCGACGUAAGACGACGCCCACGCGGGUGGAGAAACGACGCUCAACGCGAUACUUGUGGAUGGUGGAAGGCUUCCGUAAACUGGCUAAGAAGCGUGAGCAGGCGGCCUGGAAGCAAGCUGAAACAGCUCGUGCCGCCGCUCAACGAAAGACUCAAGCUGACGCCAACCCGCCAGUCCGCUCGAUGAAGAUGACGCCGCAGGAGUUCAGCAAGAAGCGUGCAGAGAGGGAUGCGGCGAUGCUUGAGCAAGCGCGGCAACACCGUGCCAAGAUCAUUGAGGCUCAAAGACAACAGCUUGCGGCUGCACGCGCAGCUCAGCAGAUGCAGAUGGCUGGUGGCCCGCAAGCACAAGCUGCUGCAGGACAGCAACGCCCGCCUGGCGCUAACAUGCCUGCGCAACAAGCUCAGAUGCAGGUCAAUGGACAACAAGUCCCUAAUGUUAAUGCACAGAUGGCGGCGUCGCAGCAAGGCAGAGCGAACUUGCAGAUGGCGCAGAGGAACGGUCACCUCGCCCCUCCGCACGUGAACGGCCAGGGCAUACCGCAAGCACAGAUGCAGGCACGAGCUCCUCAAAUGGCACAGCACGCUAAUUUGCAGGCACAGCCACACCCUCAGCAGAUGAGAAACCCACAAUACGCUGGUCAGCAAUACCCGGUAGCGAAUGGCAAUACCGUUCCGACACAACAAGUAAGUGCUCACACGACAACGCAACAACAGCUUCAAGAAAACCAGGCUCUUCUGGCGGCUUUCCAGCGAUCGCAGCAGCAGCAGCAGCAAGGCAACUCGACUCACAAUGGAAAUCAGCAGAUGAAUGGCUCCCCCAGCAUGCCUCCUCCCCCAACACCGCAAACUGCACCACAGAAGCUCUCCUCCGGCCAUACACCCCAAAUCUUCGCCAUACAAAACCAGCUGCGAGCGGCAAAUCCGUCAUUGUCGGAUGAGCAAAUCCAAGCGUUGGCGAUACAGCAGCUCUCCAAGCAGACAGGUCAGCAGUCUAGCAAUCAAGCCCGGCAGAACGCCAUGAACGCCGCUUCGGGCAUGGCCAACCAGGGCCAGGCAGGUGUACCCUCGCAGGCAUACCAGCAGAAGCAGGGUCAAUACGUGCAGCGUCCCGUUGCCAAUGGCGUGAACGGAAUGUACUCUCAGGUGAACGGAGCAGCAAAUACCCAGCAACAAACCGGUGCGGCUAUGAGCUCACAAGGGAACACCAAUUCCUCUCAAGCACAGGAAGAUUAUCGUGCACAGCUCAUGCGCAAUCAGCAGUUGCAAAUGCCGCAGAUGCGACAGAUGCAAAGCCCGAAUGCGAACCACGCACAAUUGUACAGCAGUCCCGUCGCUAACAACGCCAGUCCGCACAUGGCUGCGACGUCUCCGGGGCAGUCGCCGUACCAGAAUGUCAAUCAAAUGUCGCAGGUGGCAGGCGCCAACGGACAGCGACCAGUAUCGCGUUCCAACACGCCACAAAUGCAGAGACUGAGCUCGUCGGGAAGCGUCAAUACCGUGGGCAAUAAUGGAGGAAUGCAGAGUCCGGGCGCGUUGAGUAUGCCUCAGAACAGCCCUCGAAGUCUGCCUGCAUCAAUGGCGCAGUAGGAGGACGGACGUGGUGGGGGGGUUCGCCCGGGCGAUGGAUGAACGCGUUCUGGGCCUCGAGCAUGAAGAGGGUUGUCUGUCUCUGAGUUGUACACGUUUUGUGGGCCGUUACCGCUGGGUACGGCGAUCCACUGUUGAAGAGGAAAAUGGGCCGAGAAAGUUGCAGGUUGCAUGUGGCGGAGAUGCACUGCUAGGCCAACCAAGUAGAUUCAUCAC